CCAUUCCAUUCCAUCAAUUCUCUGCUUUUGAUUUUUUUAAUUUUUUCCCUUCUGUAGCUCUAACCAAGUAGGUCUACGCCUACUUUCUCUCCAUUUUAUUGUAUUCUUGAACAUUAGAGCUUGCCUACCUUCACUUGCAGCGAAGGCCGGCUCAUUGUAAUUUGGAUCAACGUCCCAGCUCAAAGCUAGCUGGCUGCUUUACAGUGACACAACAGUAGCAACACCAGCGGCAAAGCAGAUUCUUAACAUUGUACGCUCCGCGAGCGGAGACCUACAUAUCGAUUCAUCAUGGGCGGCGAGAGCAAGUCCGCCGCCGGCGGCCUCAAGUCGUACCCCUUACAGGCGCCUAAACCUGUUGGCAAAUGGAUUGAGAACAUCUACAAGGAGCGUCUUAACCAAUUCAAGGAUGGAGGCCAAUAUUCUGUUCAGAAUGUUGUAGGCAUGCUUCAGGAGGCCGUCGCCAAAGGCGCACCCCACGUCAAGCUUUCGGUCUGGGACGCUCCUGGCCAAACCCGCCCCAAGUUCGACGAGGCGACGUCCCACGAGUUCGAGCCUACCGACGUCGGCGCCUGGUUCGGUCCGGCAUGGUCGACGCAUUGGUUCAAGAUUCAGCUCAAGAUCCCUGAACACAUGCUCAAGGCGGAUCUCCUCGAGUUUCAUUGGAACGCAGGCAACGAGGGCAUGGUAUGGACCGAGGAGGGCAACCCGAUCCAGGGCCUGAGCGAGCAGCAGCGCGAGGAGUGGGUCAUCCCCGACUCCUUCCGCGAUGGCAAGGAGCACAUUAUAUACAUUGAGAUGGCGUGCAACGGCAUGUUCGGCGUGGCGCCUGGAGAUUCGAUCCAACCCCCAGACCCUAACAAAUACUUCCGGCUCGGAAAAGCCGAGAUAGUCGCUAUUAACCCCGAGGCUCGCCAGCUGAUUGUCGAUCACUGGAUCAUUGGUGAUGCAGCGAGGGAAUUUCCCCAGGAUUCGUGGGAGCAGCACAAAGCGCUCAAGGUCGCUACAGACAUGAUGGAGGCCUUUGAGUUCGGCAACAAGGAUUCGAUCCUGAAAUCUCGCAAAAUUGCACGUGAGUAUCUGGGCGACGUCAACUCGCACAAGGUGUAUGACAGUGACAAGGAGGCUCUCGUCUACGGCAUCGGCCACUGCCAUAUCGAUACCUGCUGGCUUUGGCCUUGGGCCGAAACAAGGCGCAAAACCGCCAGGUCCUGGUCCAAUCAGUGCGACCUGAUGGAUCGGUACCCAGAGUUGCACUUCGCUGUUUCGCAGGCGCAGCAAUACAAGUGGCUCAAGGAGGACUAUCCUUACGUGUUUGACCGCAUCAAGAAAAAGAUCAAGGAGGGUCGUUUCCACCCGAUCGGUGGAAGCUGGGUUGAACAUGAUACGAACAUGCCUAGCGGAGAGUCACUCGUGCGCCAGUUCCUUUACGGUCAACGGUUCUUCGAGGGUAACUUUGGGAAGCGGUGUCAGACAUUUUGGCUUCCAGACACUUUUGGAUACUCAAGCCAGCUGCCCCAGAUCUGUCGUCUUGCUGGCAUGAACCGUUUUCUGACGCAAAAGUUAAGCUGGAACAACAUCAACAAGUUCCCCCAUACCACUUUCAACUGGGUUGCUUUGGAUGGAUCCCAGGUUAUUUGUCAUAUGCCACCUUCAGAGACGUACACAUCCGAAGCCAACUUUGGUGAUGUCAAGAGGAGCAUUACCCAACACAAGUCGAUGAACCAGGACGAGACUUCACUUCUCAUCUUCGGCCAUGGCGACGGAGGUGGUGGUCCUACCUGGCAACAGCUCGAGAAGCUACGCCGUUGCCGCGGUAUUAGCGACAAGGUUGGACUUUUGCCCAGACUCCACCUGGGCAACACGGUCGACGACUUCUUUGACAAGCUUCAGAACAAGGCAGACGAGUUUGUGACGUGGUACGGCGAGCUGUACUUUGAGCUGCACCGUGGCACGUACACCACCCAGGCCAAUAAUAAGCUGAACAACCGCAAGUCGGAGACUGUUCUGCGGGAUCUUGAGUUCCUUGCUACCAUUGCGACGAUCAAGGACAAUAAGUACAAGUACCCGAAGAAGGAAAUUGAUGACAUGUGGGAGUGGACAUUGCUAUGCCAAUUCCACGACUGCUUGCCCGGCAGUUCCAUUGAGAUGUGCUACGAUGAUUCUGAUGAGCUAUACGCAAAACUGUUCGACACUGCGGCUCGUGUACGAAAGGAGAUUUACGAUGUUCUUGGCUUGUCCGAUGUCCAGGCUACGAGCGUUCAAAGUGCCGUUGCUCUAAACACCCUGCCGUGGCAUCGCAAGGAGAUCAUAGACAUUAACGAGAAUGAGGGCGCCGUUGCUUGUGGUUCCGGAAACGUCUUGCGUGUGCAUCCCUUCAAGACCUCUGAGAAGAAGCAGGUUUCGGUCAGCCAGGAGGAUGAUGGCGUGUUUAUCAUGGAAAAUGACGACCUCAAGAUCAAGGUUAAGAACGGUGUUAUCACCUCGAUGUACGACCGUCGGGUCGGUCGUGAGGUCAUCCCCAAGGGAGGCAAGGCCAACCAGUUUGUCAUUUUCGACGACAAGCCGCUAUACUGGCAAGCAUGGGACGUUGAGGUUUACCACCUUGACAGCCGCAAGGAGCUCACUAGUGGAACAACCGAGAUUGCCGAGGACAAGGCUCAUCGUGUUAGCGUGGUGACCAAGACCAAGAUCAGCGACAACAGCUCUAUCAAAACAACCAUCAGUCUUUCUGCUGCCAUUCAAGGACAGCAGUCGCACGUGGAGGUGCAUAGCGAGGUUGACUGGCACGAGACUAUGAAGUUCUUGAAGGUUGAGUUCCCCGUCGACGUCCGAAACACAGAGGCCUCGUACGAGACGCAGUUUGGAAUCAUCAAGCGCCCAACGCACUACAACACUACCUGGGAUAUGGCCAAGUUUGAGGUGUGCUGCCACCGCUUCGCAGAUCUGUCAGAGAACGGCUACGGCGUGUCGAUUCUGAAUGAUAGCAAGUACGGGUUUGCGACAGUUGGAAACCUGAUGCGAUUAUCGCUGUUGAGGGCACCCAAGGCGCCCGACGCACAUGCAGACAUGGGCAAGCACCACAUACGCUGGGCAAUUCUUCCACACGAAGGUGGACUGGGUCACACGACAGUGCACCGAGCGAUCGAGUUCAACAACAAGCUGACGGUGCUGUCGAAGCCGGCGGAUGAGGUGGCGACAAUGCUGGCAUCGUGUCCCAUCAAGGUCACUGGUAAUCCGUCAUUGGUCCUGGACACGGUCAAGCGUGGUGAGGACGACGAGGAUGUCAGUGUUGGCUUGCUCCCAGCCCGCAAGGGACGCAGUGUGAUUUUGCGCAUCUACGACAGCCUGGGAGGAAAAGCGCGGGGCGCGGUAGAGACCAGUUGGGAUGUCAAGAAGGUGCGCAAGGUGAACAUUCUUGAAGAUGACGGAGACGAGGUUGAGUUUAAGGAUGGCAAGUUUGAGAUUGAGCUCAGGGCCUUUGAGGUAGCUACUUUCCGACUGGAGCUGUGAAGCUGUUGACUCUUUGUUGUAUAUAGCGAUUGAUUCGGGUGUAUGUAUCAGUUUACCACAGAUUGUGUUCAACUAGGUAGUCUAGUAAAAAUGGCAGAUAUUUUAGUAUUGAGAGUGUGUACAGGAGGAGGUAGUUAGUAAUCGACGG